AUGGGUAGGAACAAGACUUGCGUGCCCAACCCGAUCCUGGAGCUUUUACUCACCAAGCCUUUUAGCGAACAUACGGACCUCGACCAUGUCCCGUUCCGGGAUAUGGAAGCCUACGUCCAUCGAUCCAUCGAUAUAAGACACAAGGAGUUGGGGCUUGGGAAGCCGAGACGCCCAUGCAACCACUUCGUUCUUUACUUCACCGCCACUCAUGCCCGCGCCGAGGCAUGGAGGGAGGCUCACGUCACCGACCUCCCAGAGGCAUCAUCUCAUCAAUUUUUGUCAACCAUCAUUUCUCGCAGCUGGUCUCUCGAACCUCCCUCGGUCAAAGCCAAGUUCACAGCUCUUGCGGAAAAAGAGAAACAAAUGCACGGUAAGGCCUUUCCUGACUAUAAGUUGGUCCGCAAGCCCCCUAGAAAUAGACGCAAGCAGGUCAAGUCCACCGCCGCCCUUCCCUCCACUACUGACGCCAAGCAGAUGGAGACCAAGGUGGCUGUUGCGCCCCAGCCUCUCCCUUCGUACAACAUUCAGGAUCCAUUCCCCUCGUCGAAGCUCUCACCCCAUAUCAUCCAGCGCCUAGCCACCCUCAGCGGGCGUGCUAAAGAGCUGGAGACCUUCCUGAAGCUCUGCCAGACCUCCGAACUCAUCCGGAACGCCUUAUGGCCGACCGAUCACGGCCUCGAUUACCAAAUGGCAAUUUAUGAAUACAAUGCCUUCGUCGCAUCGACCUACGAUAAGCUCGAGAACCACGUUCGCGACAAGGAGCUCCUCAAACCUUACGUGCCCAAGGUCUUUGAUCUUCAAUGGGUGUAUGACGAAGUAUCUGGUAUGUACAAGGUUUCACUUUUUUGGCCCUCUAUGGACCUCUCUGUGCCGGCAAGUGUCAGUACGCCCAUGUCCAUGUCCAUGCCCAUGGAUAUCGACCAGCAGUUGCCCCUGGGUGGCUGUGAGAACGGCUUUACUGCCCCUGCUGACUUUGGUGUAGGCCCCUUAUUCACUGACGAAGAGAUCGAGAAGGCUCUCCAGGAGUUUGAUGCUGCUGGUGCGAACACCGCUGAUAGCGAGCCUGUUGUCAACGAACCUCCCGCUCAGGUAGAGCAAGUGCCCCUACCUGCCUUUACUACUACUGAGGGUCUCAACGAUUCAGAUUUCGACAUGAUGGACUUCAUCAACUUCGAGAGCGAGAUGCCUCUUUGA